GCGGGGUGGGGGCGGGGGGGGGGAAUGGGGGUCUAAAAUUCUGAUUACCCCAAGGGCAACGAGCUUCAAGAUAUUGCCAUUCAAGUGAUUGGCCCCAGGUUUUUUUUCAAGCCUGUUUGGGAGAAACCGGUGGCGAGGAGCAUCUGCCUCGAGGCCAGAUUCGUCUCUUGCCGAUCCUGAUACAGGGGAUAUUCUCGUGUCAGCGCUUGCUGCGGCCAGCAUGCCAGAAGUCUCUUUACAUCGCAGGCACCCACACGAAGAGGAUGAAUCGAGAUGGACAUACGAGCAACUCUUGGAGUUAGAUAGGAACAAUGUGCGGAGAGGGUUAAGGGCAAAGGAGUUGAGCCGGCUGGAGUGCCGCAAGGUUGAAAUGAGCGAUCCAAAAAUGCAUUGUCAGAUCUGUAUGAGCGACGGCUGCCCUGGAGAAAUGGUUACGACUCUUCCCUGCAAGCAUGAAUACCAUCAGGGAUGUAUAACUAAGUGGCUGAAAGCACUCGACGGUCCAGCCACGUUGGAAUCGGAUGUCGACAGUCUUGUUCGCCUAGGAGGACCUCUGCGCGCGCAGCAUGACUAUUUACCAGCUUGUUUGUUCGUUGAAUAUUCGCUCCACUUUCGUGGAUUGUACACUUGGAGGCGUAAUACUGUUUUGCCUCGAUAUAAGAGCAGUCUUCUGUUGUCCGAUAUUGGAUUUCGUGUUGCUCUCAUGCACUGGCAAACCAUUGCAUGCUGCCGAUGGCGCGAGACCCAUUACAGCAGAAGAGCCUCGCACAUGAAGAUUACGACGAGUAGGGUGUGCGCGGCGUUGAGGCGUGAAACCAGUUGUUGUCGCAUGCUGGAUAUCGUGAAGGAGGUAGGAGAGGUCGAUGCAGAGUUGGGUGAAGAGGAGGGUGCCCGUGACACUCAAAACAUUUUCACAGAACUAUUGCAUGCCAGAGGAACGUCGGCAGCAGGGGACUCUGCUCUUCGAAUGGGGUCCACAUGGCACUGACAGCCGCAGGGCUGUUGACCUUACCUCUUGCCUGCGGCAUCCAGGAGAGGGUAUACUGGCACUUCGAACUUUCGACGACGAAUCUAGGCCCAACUUCGGAGCGCAGCCUAAGCCCAACCAAGCCCAAAUGUGCAAGCUACCCAUGAAUUGCAUGCCCGAACAGGAAAUGCGGUUGAUCUGUGCCUGUAAUGUCAUCAUAAUAGAUUAAUUGGCGAACGGGUGGAAAACCUCUCAUGGUUUUCUGUGGCACAAGGCGAUUCGAUUCCGGCAAUUGCACCAAGAGUACGAGUGACCAAUCAAUCGGUAAUACGAUC